AUCGUCCAGGAGCUGCUGUGCGGGAGUGCGGUACAGCGACCAUUUCUCUUCAGGGCAUUGAGGCGGGUGCUGUGUGACGAGAGCCAGUAAUUAAACAAGCCGCAAGACAGUAAUCAGCAGCAAAAUGUCUCUGUCUAACAAGCUGACCUUGGAUAAGCUGGAUGUGAAGGGGAAGAGAGUGAUAAUGAGGGUGGAUUUCAAUGUACCGAUGAAAAAUAAUCAGAUCACCAACAAUCAAAGAAUUAAAGCGGCAAUUCCAAGUAUUCAACACUGUUUAGACCAUGGAGCCAAGUCAGUGGUUCUCAUGAGCCACUUAGGGAGGCCUGAUGGUAUCCCUAUGCCUGAGAAGUUUUCACUGGCACCAGUUGCAGAGGAAUUGAAGAAACUAAUGGGAAGGAAUAUUACUUUCCUCAAAGAUUGUGUAGGACCUGAAGUUGAGCAGGCAUGUGCAAACCCAGAUUCUGGUAGUGUGAUUCUCCUGGAAAACCUACGAUUCCACGUUGAAGAGGAGGGGAAAGGGAAAGAUGCAUCUGGAAAUAAGAUAAAAGCAACUGAUGAUAAAGUUAAGUCUUUCCGAGCUUCACUGUCCAAGCUUGGUGAUAUGUAUGUCAAUGAUGCUUUUGGAACCGCACACAGAGCUCACAGUUCCAUGGUCGGUGUCAACUUGCCACAGAAAGCUGCUGGAUUCUUGAUGAAGAAGGAGCUUGAGUAUUUUGCAAAAGCUCUGGAAAAGCCUGAGAGACCUUUCCUUGCCAUUCUGGGAGGGGCUAAAGUCCAGGACAAGAUUCAACUGAUCAAUAACUUGCUAGAUAAGGUGAAUGAAAUGAUUAUUGGAGGAGGCAUGGCAUUUACAUUCCUGAAGGUCAUUAAUAAAAUGGAGAUUGGCAAUUCUCUUUAUGAUGAGGAAGGUUCAAAAAUAAUCAAUGACCUGAUGGCCAAAGCUAAAAAAAAUUCAGUGACCAUCACAUUGCCCGAAGAUUUUGUAACUGCUGAUAAAUUUGAUGAAAAUGCCAAUGUUGGAGCAGCUACAAUAACAUCAGGCAUUCCUGCAAACUGGAUGGGUCUAGACUGUGGUCCAGAGAGUGUUAAGAAGUUUGCUGCUGCUGUGGGACGGGCCAAGCUCAUUGUGUGGAAUGGUCCUGUAGGUGUGUUUGAAUGGGACAAAUUUGCCAAAGGCACCAAAGCUGUUAUGGAUAAAGUUGUGGAAGUCACCAAGCAGGGUACCAUUUCUAUUAUUGGUGGUGGAGACACAGCCACUUGUUGUGCUAAGUGGCACACUGAAGAUAAAGUCAGUCAUGUUAGUACUGGAGGUGGAGCCAGUUUAGAACUGCUGGAAGGUAAAGUUCUUCCAGGAGUUGAUGCUCUCAGCAACAUCUAAGAACAAAUGAACAAGUUUGAGUUCCUCGCACACACACACCUGGAGUUUCAUGCCUCAUGCUUUAGACUGUUCAAAGUGUAAUUGUUUAUCUGAGCACUGAAGACCUCUAUACCAUUACAAAUUUGUCUGAUAUUCCAAAAUAGUUUUGAUGUUGUCUAUUUUCUGUGUAAUCAGUUUAACUGCUGCAUUGUUGAAGCAGCAGUACUAUGUGAAUAUCACAGAAUAAGUUUACGGUUAUUGGUUUUACUGGAGCUAGACUGCAAUGACUGCUGAAUAAAUAAACAUGCAUAAGCA